GCUUCAUUAUAAUAGAGCUCUCUUUUCAGCCUCCAGCCAUCUCUCUCUCCCUCUCUUCUCUCUCUCUCUCUCUCUCUCUCUCCCUCUCUCUCUCUAAAACUUUGGUUUUUACUAGAUUUCUCUGCUUUCUAUCACCCACUUAAGUUUCAAGAGGCGAGUCAUAAUAAAAUAUCGCCUCUACUCAACAUAAACUUCUCUUAGGCUCUUAGCCACCAAAAAAAAAAAAAAAAAAAACUCUUUUAAGUCAUCACUGAAAGAGAAAAUGCUCAAUUGGGGUUAUAUAUAUACAUAUAUAUCUCCUCUCUUUUCACUUUGUUUCCUUUGCAUAGCUGGUAAUGUCCCACCAAGAAGAUAGCUUGGAAGAGGAUCAUUCUUAAGCACAUACAACUAACAUAUAUACACAUAUAUAAAUAUAUAUAUAUAGGGACUUUUUAACGGCAAAUGGGUGGUGGUGGUGUAGCUCCAGUGCAGGCAGUUAUGGCGGGUUUGAAUACUGAGAAUGCAGAGAGAGAGGAGUAUUGGAGGCACGUGGAUAGCUCAGUCAAUGCGGUGUCGUUUGGCUUUGUGGCCACUGCUAUUCUUAUAUCAAUGUUUCUUCUGAUGGCAAUCUUCGAGAAGUUUCUCAGGUCAAGAUCAUCUUCACCGGCCUCCUCAGCUAAUUCUCCUCCAAAUUUGGACCUCGAGCGACAGAAUAUGGGCUAUGGCCAUCAUGCCAAACUUGAUCAUCCAUCUCCCAAAAUGACAGUUUAUGCAAGAGGAGUAUCAGUCUUAAUGCCUGGAGAAGAAAUCCCGACAUUCAUUGCUCAUCCUGCGCCAGCACCGUGUCCUCCGGAGGGAAUCUCGCGGCCUUUUCAUGAUCAACAUCAUCAAUGUCUGGAUCUCUCACCAAAUGCAACUAAUUCAACCCAAAACCAAACAUGAAACAAACAAUCAAGAAUAGAGAAAAGGGCUAGCACUCUUUCACAGACUUUGAAUGAAGUCUGAGAUUAUUUGCACUUCUUCUUCUUCUUCUUGAGGGGUAUUAAUUCCAAAUGAUCUACCGUUGGUAUAAAGAAAGCCCGUUUUUGUAAAUUAGACUUCCUAAUUCUGGUUUCUGCAAAAAGUGGUUUGUGGCUA